AUGGAAAACCAGUCUACAGUCGAUGAAUUCAUUCUGUUGGCAUUUUCUGAAAUCAGAGAGCAACAGAUUUUACAUUUUUUGGUGUUUCUGUCCAUUUAUUUGGUAGCAUUGAUGGGAAACAUUCUCGUUAUACUAACUAUAGCCCAUGACCAUAAUCUGCAUACUCCCAUGUAUUUCUUUCUAGCCAAUUUAUCAUUAGUAGAUACUUGCUAUAUCUCUGUAACUGUUCCUAAAUCUAUGGCUAUAUCAUUGACAAAUAACAGAAGAAUUUCCUUCUCUGAAUGUGUUUCCCAAGUGUUUCUAAUUAUCACAUUUGUAGGGGCUGAGCUGUCCUUUCUUACUGUUAUGGCAUAUGACCGCUAUGUGGCAAUCUGCCUCCCAUUACAAUAUAUGAGGAUCAUGAAUUGGAAUGCCUGUCUCCAAAUGGCAGCUGCCUCUUGGCUCAGUGCUAUAGUUCAUGCAGUAGUGGAAACUAUAUCAACAUUCAGGUUACUUUUUUGCACUGCUCAUGUUCAACAAUUUUUCUGUGAUGUGGCAGAAUUAUGGAGGAUUUCGUGCACAGACAUAAUGUUCAAUGAAUGGCUUGUUGUCACUUUUAUAUUAACUGCUGGUAUUUGUUGUCUUUCUUUGAUAUUAAUAUCUUAUGGGAACAUCUUCUCAACAGUAUUCAAGAUUAAUUCAUCCCAGGGUAAGCGUAAAGUCUUCUCCACCUGCAUUCCACACUUGACUGUCUUCUCCUUAUUUUUUACAACUGUUGUAUUUUCAUACUUUAGACCAAAAGCUUUGUCUUCAGCUUCUGUAGAUUUGUUGGCUGCUUGCUUGUAUGCUGUUUUGCCACCAGUCAUGAAUCCCAUUAUUUAUAGCAUGCGAAACAAAGAUAUCCAUCAGGCUGCACAGAAGCUGUCAAAUAAAUGUUUUCGAUAUCACAGAAUUGUCUCAAAUACCUUUGCCAAAAACUGUAAAAUUUUCAGUAAAUAA